AUGAACGCCCCCAUCAUCGACCCACUACAAGGAGAUUUUCCUGAAGUAAUUGAAGAGUAUUUGGAGCAUGGAAUAAUGAAAUGCAUUGCCUUUAACAGGCGAGGAACCCUGCUUGCUGCUGGGUGCUCUGAUGGAAGCUGUGUUGUAUGGGAUUUCGAAACCAGAGGCAUCGCCAAAGUAUUGAAGGACAAGGACUUAAUUGCCGCCAUAACUAGCGUUUGCUGGUCCAAGUAUGGACACUGCAUACUCGUGUCAGCUGCAGACAAGUCCUUGACUCUAUGGGAUGUUGUCAAAGGAGAGAAAAUAGCUCGAACAACAAUACAACAAAUGCCUCUCCAGGCUCGUCUCCAUCCCGGUUCCUCCACACCAUCUAUCUGCUUGGCUUGUCCUUUCUCUUCAGCCCCUUUGAUCGUUGACUUGCGUACAUCGAUCUCUACAGUGCUCCCCGUCUCACUAUCAGACACAGGAAUUGGCUAUGGCAAUGUUAAUGGCAAUGGUAAUGGUAAUGGUGCCCUUUCAUCACGUAACAAGUUUUCGGAUGGAUCCCCUGCUUUUUCGCCUACGGCAGCGUGCUUUAACAAGCGUGGGGACUUGGUUUAUGUGGGGAAUUUUAAAGGAGAGAUACUUAUUGUAGACCACAACAGCAUGAAGAUACGUGCUUUUGUGCCCAUUGCAGGGAGUGGAGUGAUUAAAAACAUCUCGUUCAGCAGGAAUGGUCAGUAUCUCCUGACGAAUUCAAACGACAGAACUAUUAGAAUUUAUGAAAAUCUUUUACCCGUCAAAGGCGGGCUUCAAGCCCUGGAUGAACUAAGCAAACAACUUGUCGAGCAAGAUGAAAUCGAGAAGCUGAAGGGUGUCGGGUCGAGGUGCCUGGCUCUGUUUCGUGAGUUUCAAGACUCGGUCACAAGAGUGCACUGGAAAGCCCCGUGCUUUAGUGGCGAUGGUGAGUGGGUCGUUGGAGGUUCUGCAAACAAAGGAGAGCACAAGAUGUACAUAUGGGACAGGGCAGGGCAUCUCGUGAAAAUUCUCGAGGGUCCAAAAGAAGCAUUGAUAGAUCUGGCGUGGCAUCCCAUUCACCCUAUUGUUGUUUCUGUCUCCCUGACGGGCUUGGUUUAUAUUUGGGCCAAGGACUACACUGAGAAUUGGAGCGCUUUUGCCCCGGAUUUCAAGGAGCUCGAGGAAAAUGAGGAAUAUGUGGAGCGAGAAGAUGAGUUCGAUUUAGUGCCUGAAACAGAAAAAGUAAAAGAUUCUGAUAUUAAUGAAGAUGAAGAGAUUGAUAUUGUGACAGUGGAGAAAGAUUCCGUUUUUAGUGAUUCGGACAUGUCACAAGACGAAAUACGCUUCUUGUCUGCUGACCCAUGUGCUGAUGUUGUUGAGCAGCAGGACAGACAUGUUGUACGUAUUUCGAAGCAACGGGAUGACAGCCGGUCUGUAUCUCCUUUUUCAGAGGAGGCGGGGCAGAAUGGUCAUCUAACAAACAAUGAAUCCAGUCCCCUUGAAGAUGACAUGGGAGAAACACAUCCAAAGAGAAAGAGGAAGCCUUCUGAGAAAGUAGUGGAAUUUGAUGCAGAUUUCGAUGAAAAGUCAAUAUCAAAAAACAAAGCACCAGGAAAUGCAUGA